AUGGCAAUGGUACCGACUUCGCCGAGCACUGCCGCGUCGCUGACAGCAUCGAUGCCCGCCACUGCAAAUCCCUUCCUGUGGGCACACCACCACAUCACUCACUUCGAGGGUGGUAAGGCACACCAGUGGAUGUGUGCCUCACCCCACAUUCCGCUGCUAGUUGCUGCCGGCUAUUUUCUGCUCGUGCAUGCCGGGCCGCGCGUGCUGUCGCGCCUCCUUGGUGGUAAGCCAGUGCCGGGGCUGAGCCCCAUCGUUGCGAUUUGGAAUUUGUUCUUCAGCGUCGCCUCCAUAAUCGGCUUCUGCUACUGCAUGCCGUUCUUGUUUCGUGUCUUGACCAUGACGAGCAGCGAACUCCCGGGACUCGCGCCGAAGAAGGACCGCACAACCGGCGAGUGGGACCAGCACCCCCCACGUACGUGGCGGUCUCUUCACCUCUCUGUGCUACUGGAACCGCAACAUUUUAGAGGAUGGCGCCACCGCCUUCUGGCUGCUCACCUUCAACCUUAGCAAGAUCCCUGAGCUGAUGGACACAGUGCUCCUUCUGCUCAAGCGCAAGCCGAUCCCCUUCAUCCACUGGUACCACCAUAUCUCCGUCAUGCUCUUCUGCUGGCACGCGCACGUCUCCGGCAUCAGCAAUGGGCUGGGCUUUGCGGUGAUGAACAUGGGGGGUGCACUCCAUCAUGUACUUCUACUACUUCCUGUGUGCGUGCGGACAGCGUAAGCUGGUGCGCCCCUUUGCGUCGCUAG